GGUCAAGGUUGGCUCGGGGGUUAUUUUCUGUCAGUUGCCUCUAUCCUCCGGCCCCUGGCGGAGUUUGGGGUUUUGUUUGGUCGGAGGCCUUUGGCCUUGACAAUAUCCUGCACAAUGUGAGUGAUAGCCGCGGGGAUGUGAUGGCGGUGCCCAGGGCCGGAGAGCCACCAGGUGGACUGGAACUUAAUCCAGAUGCUGCAGAUUUCAUUCCUCGGGAAAUGCAAGAAACAGAAAGAAAAAAGAAACCAGAGGAUUUUGGCAGGAACAAUAAUACAAAUCUAUCAUCAAGGCAGCGACCAUUUCGGAGCUAUCGCUGUGGUUUAACACACAAGGGGGAGUAUUCUCAGCAGUCAAGGAAUCAUUAUGAUGAAGACCCUACCUCUGAUCCCAGGGCAAGCAGUGAGGGGCACAGGACUAACCAGAAUAGAGCAGGCAUGCAUAGUUUCCAAAAUCAGCGGCGACACCGUGUAAGAGAAGAGAAGGCCUGUUCUGGAGAAAUGUCACUUGCCAAUGAGUCACAGCAGGAAAUUGCUGGAAAUUCAUUCCAGUCAAGGCUUUUUGAAAAAAAUUUGGAGGAGGAUAGCGCACAGAAAGACCCAGUGGAGGCAGGGGCAGAGUGGGUGGGGCACAGAAGGAUUCACAGUUCAGACCAAGAAAAUUGGAGAGCACCAGAAAAUCGGACUGGAGCCAAACCAAAGAAAGUUAACUUGCACAUGUAUAAAUCCAGUCGAGGAAUCGUUAACCAAGGAAAAUUUGCUUUUGAGAAAGACGCUAGAACAUUUGGGAAAAAACACAAUAUAAUUGAAAACAUGAGCCCACCAGAGACGAAUCAAAUAGAAAACGCUUGUGAACCUUCUGUAAUGGAUAAAAAUUAUGAAAGAUGCAAUGAUCAGUCGCAGAGAAAGUUUCUUAAAAAUAGAAGUAGCCAGAGAGAAUUCACCUGGGGCAAACCGUACUCAGACAAUGAAGCGUACAGAGGAUUGACAGCAGACAAUGUUCGGACAGACUCCGGUUUCACCACGACUGCUUCAGCAACGGAUACCAAGACUGAUUUCAAUGAGGAGAGCGUGAAUCCUAAAUUACAGGAUCGUUUGACCCACCGAACACAAACAUGGAAAGUGGGUGAGGUAGAAAGAAGAAGAAAACGCCCAGAAGAUCUACAGAAAAAAUCCUUUGAUUCGCAAAAGAAAUCCUUUGAUCCAGGAAGGAAGAGCUUUUGGAAAAAACAAAUGGAAGUUCACAAGAGCAAGGAGACUCACACAGGAUCUCUGAUUGAGCAACUUACAUCUGAGAAAUAUGAAUGUAUGGUUUGCUGUGAGGUGAUCCGUGUGAUGGUACCUGUCUGGAGCUGUCAAAGCUGUUAUCAUGUGUUCCACUUGAAUUGCAUUAAGAAAUGGGCAAGAUCACCAGCUUCCCAAGCUGAAGAUGGGAAUGGUGGUUGGCGAUGUCCUGCUUGUCAGAACGUUUCUGUAAGAGUCCCCAAUUCUUAUAUGUGCUUUUGUGGUAAGGUUAACAAUCCAGAAUGGAACAGGAAUGAGAUACCUCACAGCUGUGGCGAACUUUGUGGAAAGAAACGAUCUGGCAAUGACUGUCCCCACUCAUGUAACAUCCUCUGCCAUCCUGGCCCAUGUCCGUCAUGCCCUGCAUUUGUGACAAAAACAUGUGAAUGUGGUAGAACCAGCCAGUCUGUUCGAUGUGGGCAACCGGGAACCAUUAACUGCAGUAAUGUGUGUGAUAAUCUCCUAACUUGUGGGAAGCAUACAUGUGCCCAGGUUUGCCAUGCAGGGAAAUGCCAGCCAUGUCAACUUACUGUUCAGCAAGGCUGCUACUGUGGAGUUACUUUCCGAGAAGUACUAUGUGGAACAGAUAAAGAAGCAUAUGAUGGCACUGGCUAUUUUACUUGUCAGAAACAAUGUGACAGGAAACUCGACUGUGGAAACCAUACCUGUUUGCAGCUGUGCCACCCAUCUGCAUGUCAGCCUUGUCCUCGCUUGCCAGCAUUGGUACACAGCUGCCCUUGUGGGCAGACUCCUUUGUGCAAACUUCUAGAGCUUGGUUACCCUGAGCGUAAGAGCUGCACUGACUCUAUACCAUCAUGUGGGAAGACUUGUGGCAAGCCCUUACCUUGUGGCUCUGAUGGUUCCAUUCAUACUUGUAGUAACCUUUGCCAUGAAGGUGAAUGUGGACCAUGUGCUGGAAUUUCCACUGUUAACUGUCGGUGUGGAUUUAAAAAGCAGGAUGUUCCUUGUGUCAACAUCACAAAGGAAGCAGAUCUGCUCUUUCUGUGUGACAAGCGUUGCAAUAAAAAACGUUCUUGUGGCCGCCACAAAUGUAACGAAAUUUGUUGCGUGGAUACUGAACAUAAGUGUCUCCUUCUCUGUGGACGCAAGCUUAACUGUGGACAGCACAAGUGUGAGGAACCUUGCCACCGUGGAAACUGUCAGAAUUGCUGGCAAAGUAGUUUUGAUGAAUUAACAUGUCAUUGUGGCAAAACAGUGAUCUAUCCUCCAAUACCAUGUGGCACCAAACCUCCAGAGUGCAAAAACCCUUGCAUCAGAGAGCAUGAGUGUGAUCAUCCAGUAUUCCACAAUUGUCACAAUGAGGAGAAAUGCCCACCUUGUACUUAUCUCACUCAAAAAUGGUGCAUGGGGAAGCAUGAAAUGCGGAGUAAUAUUCCUUGUCAUCUGACUGGCAUUUCCUGUGGGCUUGCAUGUAACAAGCUCUUACCUUGCGGAAUGCACAAAUGUAAGAAGAUUUGUCACAAAGGUGACUGUGUCACUGAAGAACCAUGUAAACAGCUGUGUAUCAUUCCACGACCUGACUGUAAUCAUCCUUGUUCGUCUCCAUGCCACCCAAAUUCACCUUGUCCAAAGACCCCCUGCUCUGCAGAGGUAAUAUUAUAUUGUAGCUGUCAGCGGAAAAAAGAGAUCAUGAUCUGCAGUGAGGCUUCAAGUAAUUACCAGAGGAUAACUGCUAUUUCCAUGGCCAGCAAACUUUCUGAUGUGCAUCUUGGGGACUCAGUGGAAAUCAGUAAACUCAUUUCUAAGAAAGAAAUGAAACAGAGCAGAUUGGAGUGUGAUCAAGAAUGUGCGGCAGUAGAAAGAAAUAGGAGAAUAGCAGAUGCUUUAAACAUUAACCCUGCCUCAGAUCCAUUUCAUAUUCGCAGUUUAGGAUCCAAAUACAGUGAGAGUCUAAAAGAGGAUGCAAGGAAAGAUCUGAAGUUUGUAACUGAAGUGGAAGAAGAAAUUAAAGCUCUUGUGGAAGCUGUUAGUAAGGGCAAGCAGCAGAAGAAAAGCCGUUGCUAUCCCCCGAUGAACCGGGAGCAUCGCAGAAUCAUUCAUGAGCUGGCUGAAGUCUAUGGUGUUGAAAGUGUCAGUUAUGACAGUGAGCCCAAGCGCAACGUUGUUAUCACUGCUGUGAAGGGAAAAUCCAUGUGUCCAAAUGUUUCACUCACUUCAUUGAUUGAAAGAGAGAUGGCAGCAAGACCACCCCCACCAAUUGCACAUUUUCGGCAACAAGCACUUAAGAUUGACAAUGGAACAGUUGCCCUGCAAAAGCCGUUCAAGGAAGAACCAGUCAUUGAUUACUUUGAUGUUCAAGACUAGAAGAAGACUUAUUUUCAAAAACUUUUGAAAUUUAGAUCACACAUCUGGAGAGUAAGCGGUUGAGAAAUAACCUGAUCAAUAGUGCACAAAAAAGAAUCACUGAAGAUUUGUAAGGUGAUAAAAUUGUGUCGAUCCUUUAAACUUCAAUUCAAUAUGCAUAACAAAGUGAGCUGCUAGUCUCUGCUGUAAGGUGUCACUGUUGCAUGAGACAAACCUAAGAAUUAAAGCAAAAUCUGUGGGAUGACUAUGUAAACCAUGCAUUCCUAUCAGCUGUUGUAUUGCUCCUGUUAAUGGUGCUGAAUAAACGGUUAACAUUGUUUUUCCCUUGGUUUUUUCCUUUUGAAAGAAAUCAACAUCAACGUGAUAAUGUUAAAGGUGGCUGUGUAAUAAUUGCACUCAACGAUUAAAG